AUGUCCACCGAUACCCUCGUCCCCAUCCUCAUCUACCUCACCGGCGAGACCCGCACCAACGAGGUGGUCCUCGUCGACGAAGACGUCUCCUCCUUUGAGGAAUUCGCCGCAUCGCUCUAUACCAGUCUUCGCCCCAAGAUUCCCGAUUACUAUCUGGAGAGCGGAGAGCGGUCCAUCACCCAAGCCUUUGUGACAUGGCAGCCUUCGGAUAUUUUUCCUCAGGAGACUGAGAUCGUGGAAGGGAAUGUUCGGGCUGUGCUGCGAAUCCUUGCGGCGCGUAGGGGCGUUGAUACCGUUCGGGUGUGGCUUAAUGAGAUUGAUUAA